CCGCCUCCGUCAAAAUCCCGAAGGCUUCUCUGUAGAUCGCCGAGUGGUAGUUUCGGCAACUCUCUUGAGCCCGUAUUUUUGCAGGAGGCCGCAGGCAGACCCGCGCCGGAACCAUGUUUCGCAACCAGUAUGACAAUGAUGUCACUGUUUGGAGCCCUCAGGGCAGGAUUCAUCAAAUUGAGUAUGCAAUGGAAGCUGUCAAGCAAGGUUCAGCCACAGUUGGUCUGAAAUCAAAAACCCAUGCAGUGUUGGUUGCAUUGAAGAGAGCACAGUCAGAGCUUGCAGCUCAUCAGAAAAAAAUUCUCCAUGUUGACAACCAUAUUGGUAUCUCAAUUGCGGGACUUACUGCUGAUGCUAGACUGUUAUGUAAUUUUAUGCGCCAAGAGUGUUUGGAUUCCAGAUUUGUAUUUGACAGACCUCUUCCUGUGUCUCGUCUUGUAUCUCUAAUUGGAAGCAAGACCCAGAUACCAACACAACGAUAUGGCCGGAGACCAUAUGGUGUUGGGCUGCUUAUUGCUGGUUAUGAUGAUAUGGGCCCUCACAUUUUCCAAACCUGUCCAUCUGCCAACUAUUUUGACUGCAGAGCCAUGUCCAUUGGAGCCCGUUCUCAAUCAGCUCGUACUUACUUGGAGAGACAUAUGUCUGGGUUUAUGGAGUGCAAUUUGAAUGAACUGGUUAAACAUGGUCUGCGUGCCUUACGAGAGACACUUCCUGCAGAACAGGACCUAACUACAAAGAAUGUUUCCAUUGGAAUUGUUGGUAAAGACUUGGAGUUUACGAUUUAUGAUGAUGAUGAUGUAUCUCCAUUCCUGGAAGGUCUUGAAGAAAGACCACAGAGAAAGGCACAGCCUGCUCAACCUGCUGAUGAACCUGCAGAAAAGGCUGAUGAACCAAUGGAACAUUAAGUUACAAGCCAGUCUGUAUGUUUAUUAUCAAAUCUGUAAGAAUGCAGGAACAUGUACUGAUGACAAUAAUCUAUGUGUAGGAAUCAGUCCAGAUGUGUUUUUCCCUAGCAACUUGUCUGAAACCAUAUAAUGGUGUGCAUUUUUCUUUAAGAAAGGGUCUAUAUAAUCAUUUUCUGGAAAGUAUAGGUAUCUGUACUGAUGUUUUUAUAUGAAGAACAUAGUGUCUUUGUGGGUUUAAAGACAACUGUGAAAUAAAAUUGUUUCACCUGCCUAUGUAUUGGGUUUUUGUUUGUUUUUUAAGUAGCU